AUGUCCGGGUCUCAAUCACCGACUUCUACCCCCUCCUCGCCGGCGCGGCCCCUCAUGGAGCGGCGUGGGUCAUCUAGAUCUCUAUCUCUAGAUUUCUCCAGUCUGCCGCCAUUAACGCAGCCAACGCCACCCACAAACACUCUACUUAUUACCAACUUAAACGACACCGAAAUAUUCCGUCCUGACAACCUACAAACACUUCGUGAGCUCAUUCAAGGGACUGCACCGAUAUAUACUUGGUCUCCAUUAAAAUCAUUUCGCCGUAUAAUAGUAUCUUUCUUCGACGAGCAAGCUGCUAUUAGGGUACGGUCAGUAUGGGACGGUGAAGCAAUCAUGGGAGAGCGGUGCCGAGUCUACUUUGGACAACCUACUCCUCUUGAUCUCCACAAGGACGAUCGGCUGCAGCUUCCCGAUGCCGGCAAGUUGUUUUUUAUCAGCCCGCCUCCCUCACCGCCUCAUGGCUGGGAGAUGAAGCUGGAGGACGCACCGAACAAGCAAGUUCACGCCGAUGACUUAGCAGAGGCCUUAGCGAAAUUACGUCACCAAGCAGCUCCCGCAGACGUUUCUCCGAUCUCUCCGGUUGAGUCUGGACCUACCACAUUUAAGAGCAGGAGCAGAAGUAGCACCUUAAUCUACCACCCUGAUGAGCAUGGUGGCAGUCCGAAUCUACCAGCUAUUUCGGUGGACGAUAUGACAGAUGAACCUACAGAAUUAGGACUUGGCCAAGGUGGAAAUACGCCCCCGAUAAAGACACAUACGGCCCGGCCGCCUGUUGAGCUUAUGGGAUAG